AUGAUGUUGCUCGCAAGCGUACCACUCAGCUAUCUGUACCGGCGCUUUGUCGGGAAGUAUAAACUGGAGAUGGAAGACCCUUACUUCGAAGAGGUGGAGUUCGAGAAGAGGCCGUUCUGGGGGGGCAGCACGAAGGUGGUGAAACGGCGCCGCGAGAAGGUGAUCCCCGAUCACAUCCCUAAGAGGGACAAGAAUGUGCUUCAGAGGCUGAAAAAGCGCGCGUACGGGAUGGACAUGGCCUUUAGCCUCUGCGGGCUGCGUUUCGGCUGGCUGGGCAUUCUGGGGAUGCUGCCUGUGGUGGGGGACAUUGCCGGCGUGGUAAUGUCGCUGUUGACACUGCGAGAGGCCAACGGCGUGCAAGGCGGGCUGCCCAUGGGCGUGGUGCUGGCGUUCCUGCUGAACAUCGUGGUGGAUUUCGUGGUCGGGCUCAUCCCGCUGGUCGGCGACAUGAUCUCCAUUGCCUACAAGGCCAACUCGCGUAACGUGCUCGUGCUGGAGAGAUACCUCAGCCAGAAGUACGCUAAGCAACAUGCGGACUGA